CUUAUAACAAAACUAAUUUCCGUAAAGAGAGCGAGAGAGUGAGAUCGCGAGUCACCUGAAAGCGGCACAAGACCUGCCCCUUUUCAAAUUCAGACACAUACAGACGCGUAGACACAGUCAACUACAAUACUCGCAUGGACCGAGGAGAGGUUUGUGGGUUAAAGUCCCAGCUAGGCAUGAUGGAAGAAGAGUUUUAUUCGUUUGACUUGGACGCUGAAGAUCUGUCUGGGGAGCUCCAUCCCAGCGAGCUUCUCGCUGCCCUGAAACAGAAAGAGCAAGAGUUGAUUCUGGCUGCGGAGCUGGGGUCUGCGCUUCUGUCAGAAAACCGACAGUUAAAAGAGCAGAACAACACCCUGCACGAGGAAUAUAGCGACAGACUUGAGGAGCUGGAACAGGAGAAGCACACGCUGCAGGUCAAGUUUAAGGCACGGCAGGCAGAGUGGGAGAGCCAGGUGUGUGAGCUGGAGAAGGAUGUGAAGGAGCUGAACAGACAGGUGGAGAGGCUGAGCGAGAGCCUGGACCAAGCAGAGAAGGACAAGAGCCAGAGCAUACAGGACUGCAGCGAGCAGAACCAGAGACUGAUAGAACAACUCAACAAGGCGGUGCAGGCCGAGAGGAGCCUCACAGCUGAGCUGCAAACCCUGAAGAAUGAGUUUCAGGAGAAGAACCGCUCCCUGGACCAGGAGGAGGCUGUGCUCCACAUCCUGAAGGAGGAGGUGGUUUUGCUGUCCGAGCAGAAGCUAGCCCUGGAGCAGAGGAUUAAUACUGUGUGUUUGGAGGAUGAAGCUCUGCAGGAUAGUCUGAGUUCCCUAAGGGCACAGAUCACACGACUGGAGAGCCGAAGCCUGGAGCAGGCCCUGCAGCUGCGAGAGUCUGCGCGGGAGCUGGAGGCAGCGCGGGAGGGGAGCAGGCAGCUGCAGCUGCAAGUGGAGGAGCUCCAGGAGGAGGUGUGUCUGCAGGAUCACAGCCAGUCCCUGCACAACCUCUCCCUGCAGUCUGAGAUCGAGCAGAGCCUGGAGAACGAGAGCUGGGGCCACGAGAAGGAGCAGAUUACCAGAGAAAUCCAUUCCAUUCGGGAGCAGCUCCAAACAGUGGUUGAUUUGGAAACGUCAGAGAGCCCAGCAGACAGUGUCUUCCAGUCUGCCAGCCUGCACAUAGCGCUGUCUCAGCUCAGCCAGCUAGCUCAGACACUGGCACGGACCCACUCAUCACAGGAAGUGAAGCAGAACAGUGUCUCUCAACAGCAGAAUCCUCGUGAGAACCAGGGUUUAACAGAGGAGCUGCGCUCUCAGAACGACCAGCUCAGCAAAGAGAAUUCAGAGCUGAAAGAACGUCUGGAGACAAAACAAGCCGAUAGGCAAUUACAACAAGCCAUUCGAGACCGGGAUGAAGCCAUUGUAAAGAAGAAUGCCAUGGAGUCAGAACUGCUUAAGAGCAGGAAUGACAUGAUGUUGCUGAACAACCAGCUGCUGGAAGCGAUCCAUCGCAAGUUAGAGCUAUCUCAGGAGCUGGAGGCGUGGCAGGACGACAUUCAGAUCGUGAUCAACCAGCAACUGAAGAGCCAGCAGCAGCGUGACGAGAGGAAACACCAGCCAGCCAACAGCACCAACUCGCUGGCCUUUCUGCGCCGGCCCAGCAGACUCAACACUGAGAAGAAGAGUUUCUUAUCUCUCUUCAGGACCUGAGCCCCCAAACCCAACCCGCGGAACGAGGGUCGAACCCACAGAGACUGGGUUAACCUCAUGGACAACAUGGGAGGGGUCAGCCCACAUCUCAGGCCCAGACGAGACACAACUGCAAGGAUGCAUUCUGGGAAGCACUAUGUCAAGGAGUCAUCACCUUGAACAUUUAUAAUAUGAAGGGUUAGCAGUAUGUCAGUACUGCUCCGGGCAAAACUGGCAAUUAAGAAGAACCAAGACCUCCAAAUGUUUGACAUCAAAUAACCCAAUCAUUUUAAACUCACUGAUUUCCAGUUACUGGUGACCAGUGGUUCAAGUAUUUAUUACCUUUAUUAAUGAUCUGCCUAAAACCUCAUUUAUAAAGCUUUCAUUAAGCUAGACAAGCUUUUUAAAAUGUGUGUUUUUUUUACAGCAGAUUUAUGUGCAGGUACAGUCAGUGUUUGACUUAUGUUCAUGCAUGUUGAUAACAACAAUGGAAAACUACAGCAAUAUUCCAUAUAAUUAAGUUAAAAACAGGACAGAUUCUGUUUUAAAGUGUAUAUGUUUUUUGUGAUGAAUAGGUGAUUACAUGUUGUUUAAUAUGUACAUAGAAAGGUAAAAGAAACAUAAUGCUGUGUAAAUGUGCACUGUAGGAAUGGGGCUUUUUUAUUUCAAUUAUAUUCGGUCUGUAGCUAUAAUAAAGAUCAGUACAGAAGACUUACUGUAACUGUUAAUGCCAUCUGCAAAGCAAUCAGCUUCAGAAGUUCAUGUGCAAGAAACGAGGACCAAUGUGACAUACAGAAGACUUACUGUAACUGUUACAAUCAGCUUCAAUGUACAGAUGUAUAACAUGCCAAAUAUUUUGGUGUAUAACAGUAUAUUGAACUUUGUGUCAAUGCUUUUUUUUUUCAGUUUGACACAUCGUACUGGGAGCUUAGUCAUAAAUCGUAACAAUUGUAAAUUCUGGUGCUCAUUUUAUUUUUAGUGUCUUGACCAAAGGCAUGCAGUUCGUAGGGUUUGUAUCAGCUGAAAUAUUUUGCUGACCAUGCGUAAGUCACAGAUCUUAACUGACUCCUUUCCAAAAUCACUCCCAACAAUCCUGAUGUCUUAAAUGAACAAGUAAUAUUAGAUUGUUUAUAAUGUAAAAUAAAUACCUUUUUUUUAUAUUUAA